AUUCCCGGAAUUCCUGGGAUGUUUUCCCCCCUCCUGGAACGACUUUUGGGGGAUCCCAAACCCCCUUGGCAUUUCCGGGACCCCUCCCAAAAUUCCCAAAUCCUUCCCAUAAUUCCCUCGGGAUCCUUCCCCUAAAAUCCCCGGGACCCCUCCCCAAAUUUCCCCGGUCCCUCCUUUUUGUCAUUCCGGGAAUUUCCGGGAUGAUUUUUUGGGCGAUCCCGAAUCUCUUUUUCCCACCUUCCAACCCCAAACCCAUCCGGGAUUUUCGGGAUCUUCCCGGCUCCAUUUUCCAAUGGAAUUCCCGGGAAUCUCUUCCCAAAAUCCUCUCCCGAAAUCACGAUUGUUUUGGGAAUUCCGAACCUCAGGGGGCGGGGCCAUCCUGGAAUUUUCCAGCUGGGAUUUGAGGAGUUUUCCCAAUUUUUUUUCCCGGGUUUUUUCCCGCUUUUCCUAGCCGGGCCUUCGGGCGGGGCUGGUGCAUUCCCAAAAAUCCAACCCCGCCCCAAAUCCCAGGGAAUUUGGGAAUUUUGUGUCUCAAAUCCCAACGAUCCCAGUUUUUUAUGGAUUUAGGGAACUCUGGGAUUUUUCCCGGUAUUCCAGACUGCUUUUCCCAAUUUUCCAGAGGGAAACUCCUCAUUCUCAGCCUUUUAAGGAGCUGUUUGGGAUUGCUGGGAAUUCCCAAAUUCCCAGGGUUUUUUUGGGAUCUCCACUCCUGGAAUUUUUGGGAUUCCCCAUUCCAGGAUUUUUGGAGUUCCCUCCCCAUCCUUCCCAGCUUUUCCCAAAAAAUCCUUUGGAAUGAUGGAAAAAACCUUGGAAAAAUGGGAAAACUUGCCUUGCGAAUUCUGGGAUGGGGUUGGGAUUUUGGGAUUCCCCAUCCCAGGAGUUUUGCAAUUUCCAAAAUUCCCAUUCCCAGUGAAUUCCCCCAAAAAGUCCCCCUGGGCUUGGGCUGGAAAACUCCUUGGGAAUGAAAAUUUGGGAAUUUGGGGAAUUUUCCAAUUCAGGGCAGACUUUUCCCAGCAGGAGCUGAGCAUGAGGCGUCCCACAGAAUUCCCAGAAUUUCCCAGCCCUGAAAACUCCCCCGGAUCCCUGGAAGAUUCUGGAGGGGGCCCCAAAUCUGCCUGGAAUCCAGAGGAGGCCGGGCCGGUGCUGAGGCUGCGCCUGCCCCGAGACCCCCCCGGGGAGCCCCGGCCCAAACAGAAGCCGGUGGGCAGAGCCUUUGCCAUGGUGGCCAAGAGAUCCGACGGGAAUUCCUUGGCCUCGGAGUGUGUCAAAUCCAAGGACGGCGACGAGGAGAUCAUUAAGGUUUACCUCAAGGCUCGCGCCGACCACGAGGAGCCGGUGACACAACUCAAGAGCGAAGUCCGGCACAUCCAGGAGGCUGGGAGUGCUCUCAAAAAACUCCGUGAAGAUUUGAGCACCAAACUCCAGACCCGGACGGAAUUUCUGGAAUUCCGGGAAUUCCAGGAGAGCUCAGAGGUGGUGCUGGAGAAGCGGAACCAGAGCUGCUCCUGCUGGGAAAAUUCCCAGGAUAAUCCGGAGGACCCCGAAGCCCCGCGGCUCCUGUGGAGGCUCCAGGAGGCGGAAAAGAGGCACCAGCUGGAGCGGAGCGGCCUCGAGAGGGCGCUGCUGCGGUGCCAGGAGGACGUGGAGCGGGUGGAUUCUGCCCGCAGCCGAGCGGAGACAGAGGUGGAGCAGCUCCAGAGGCUCCUGGCCGGCAUGGAAAAGGAUCACCGGGAUCUGCUGGCACGGAUGGAGUCUGGACAGGCAGAGCUGGAGCGGCUCCGGAAGGCGGAAGGGGAGAGAGCGGCGCAGCAGGAGCGCUCAUCCCAGCUGGAGAAGGAGGUGGCAGGGCUCCGGGAGAAAAUCCAUCACCUGGAUGAUAUGCUCAAGAGCCAGCAGCGCAAAGUCCGCCAGAUGAUUGAGCAGCUGCAGAAUUCCAAGAGCGUGAUCCAGGCCAAGGACGCAGCGAUCCAGGAGCUGAAGGAAAGAGUUUCCUACCUGGAAGCAGAGAAUCUGGAGAUGCAUGACCGGAUUGAGCACCUGAUCGAGAAACAAGUGAGCCGGGGCGGGAGCAGUGCCCGCGCACGCUCCAAGUCGGAAUACGUCAGCAGUAAACGCCUCCCAGGCCCAAAGCCACUGCCCCUGAUCCGAGUGGUGGAAACCUGAAUUUUGGGUCUGGGCCCAACCGGAUCCUUCCCCUUCGGAAUGACCGGAAUUUCCAGCUGGAGUCAGAGCCCUUCCUGAGGGAAGAGGUUUGGGAUCGCCCCGGGCACGAUUCCAGGUCGGAAUCGGUAAUUUUCCCCCUUUUCCCAGCGAUUUUCCGGCUCUCGCCAUUCCCGUGUGGAGUCCAGAGGUUUUUCCUAACUGGAUUUGAGAUUUCACCUUUUUUUUGGGAAUUUCCAAAUCAAAAUCUUGGAUUCUGCUUUUUUCCUGAAGAAAGAUUCCAAAAAGCUGGGAGCCACCACACUGUCAACCUCCAACACCACCCUUGGACUUGGAAAAUGCUCUCCCAACCCUAAAAAUUCCGUGUCUUUCUGCUGAAUCCUGUGUUUUUCCCACGUAAUUUCCUGCUUUUCCCGCAGAAUUACAUGCUUUCCCCCCCAAAUGAUUAUUGUUGAAAUUCCCAUGAUUUUGGGAUUUUAUUCCCUGUAUUUAUUUCUGUAAAUUAUCAGAGUCUCCGGGUGAGGUGGGGGAUGGGCACAGGCUGGAAUUCUUGGGAAUUUUGGCCCAGGACUGCCCCAAUCCCACGUUUGACCCCGAAGGCUCCAACCAGGAUCCCUCGGGAUUCCCUUGGAGUUUUUUAAUUCCUGGUUUUCGUAUUAAAGAUAAAAAAUUCUGUCUGCUUUAAAUCCCA